CGACUCUCAUUAUGGCGAGACAGCGCAAGGCCCACACCAAAUCACGAGAUGGGUGUCUCCAGUGCAAGGAGCGCCAUAUUCGGCGGCUCGAUCUCUCUUGUAGCUUCUCCGCGCCCACCCUAGCAACCAUGCCCCUCAACCAAGAGUCUCUCGCCGACCUCGAGCUGCUGGAUUUCUGGUACCGCCAUCCCCUCCUACCAGGGCCACCCGACCAAGACCGGGAACUCAAGCAGAGCUACGCCCAACUGGGCUUCUCCCACCCCUACCUGCUAAACAGCAUCCUCGCCCUGGUCUCGCUGCGGCGCUUUGGCGAAGGCCGCGCGCGGCCGUGCUGGUACUCUCGCGCUCUAGCCCACCAACAGGCCGCAAUAAGCCGCGCUCGACCACACUUUCAGCACCUAGAUGGCGAUAGUACUUCCCACAAGGCAAUGCUAGCGUUUUCCACCUUUACCUCGUUGUACGCCGUCGUGGAACCCCUUCACCGCCCCACAGGUCUAAGCCAAGCUUGCGCCUUCAACCCGGUGGACGAGUUCCUGCACGCGGUCUGGCUCGGACGGCGCACGACGGCCUUCGUGCAGCAGCAUUUGCGCGCUGUUGCCUUUUCGGACCCCUUCAUGGCCGCCAAGUAUUCGUCCAAUGACCGCCAGAUCGGGAGGUGCGACCUUGAAGCGCAAUUUCCGCAGCUGCGCAUUCUCCGCGACGCAAUUCGCGGGGGGUUUGAUGAAGGGGAGCAGCGCGCUAUCUGUCUUGAUGCGGUCGAGCGCAUAUUCGCGUGUAUGAGGAUCCUUGUCGAUGACUCGCGUGAUAAUGGACCUUGCAUCAUGGUCAUCUUCACGUGGGUUAACGAGGUAGAUAGGCGAUUUCUGGAUCUGUGUGUAGCGCGGCAGCCGGUUGCGCUUGUCAUUCUGGCGCAUUUUGCUGCGCUUAUGAGCCUGAACAACGGGUUUUGGUUGCUCCAGCACUGGCCGGGUGUGCUUUUGGAGUAUAUUCAGGAGCUCUUGAAAGAUUGGGGCGGCCAUCUCCUACAGUGGCCCAGGGAAGUGAUUUUUAGAUAA